GUAUACAAUAAGGCCGUGACGCGAUCGGAUAUUUUAACUUGGUUGAGCAAAUUACAACGAAGUUAUAACAAGAGUAGCGAACCAAGACGCUAGUUUAUAUCAUGUUCCGUUACACACUAGACAAUCAUUUGAACAAGCAUAUGGAAUAAAUGAAAUGGAUGACAAUAAAACCAAACCGGCUACAAUACAACUUAACAAUCAACAGAAGGGGGACCUCCGACAAGCUUUUGAUCUGUUUGAUGCUGAUGGUUCUGGGACUAUCGAUGGAAGUGAAUUAAAGAUAGCACUUAGAGCGUUGGGCUUCGAACCAACAAAAGAAGAAUUAAAGCGAUUGGUGGCGGAAUGUGACAAAGACGGCCUUCUGGACUUCAACGACUUUCUGAAAAUAAUGUCCGACAAAAUGACCGGUCCAGAUACAAAAGAAGACAUGUUAAAGGCAUUUGAUCUGUUUGAUUAUGAAGAAAAUGGUAAAAUAGCAAAACAUAAUGUUAUGCAAAUAGCUGAUGAGCUUGGACUUACUCAGACAGAGAAAAGAGCGAAAGAGCAGGGAUUAGAUCUACCUAUAACAGAAUGGGAAGUAGAUGAAAUGGUCGAUGGUGCUGACAGAAACAGAGAUGGUCUAGUUAGUAAACAAGAAUUUUUGAAAAUUUUAAAGACAGAAAAAAAUUAAAUUAACUUUGUUCUAUUUCAUUUUUUAUUUUAUUUGUAAGUGGUACAUUAUAAAAGUUAGAAAAUA